CCCGCCUCUCCCCGCCGGGCUUAAAAUGGCGCCGUGAGCCAGGGAGGAGGCAGAGUGAGCAGUCAUGGCGGGGGUUAAGGUGAUCGUGACGCUGCUGGCUGCGGCCCUGAUGUUUGCCGGCGCCGUCUUCGGUGCCCAGGACCGCCCGCGGCUCCUGGGGGCGCCGGUGGAGGUCGACGACGCCGACAACGACGAGGGCUUUCAGCGGGCCCUGCAGUUCGCCAUGGUGGAGUACAACAGGGCCAGCAACGACAUGUACUCCAGCCGGGUGGUGCGGGUCAUCAGCGCCAAGAGACAGCUGGUGUCUGGAAUCAAGUAUGUAAUGAAAGUUGAGAUUGCCCGGACAACUUGCCCCAAGCCAGCAACUGAUCUCCAGAAUUGUGCUUUCCAUGAGGCACCAGAGAUGUCUCAGCACACCAUUUGUGACUUCGUAGUGUACACUGUUCCUUGGCUGAACCAUAUUAAACUACUGGCCAGUAGCUGCCACUAAGUCUACCUUGGUUCCAGCAGAGACCAGCAACCAGUUACUCAGAUUAAAAAAAAAAAAAAGCAAUAACACCAAUUGAGAUGGGCUUUGUCAAUGCCUGUUAACUCGACUACUUAUAUGUGCUUGUGCUAUGCAAGUUAAACUAUGUAACUUUCCUUCAAAGCACAGUAUGAGCUCAACUUUUUCUUCUUUGUAAUUACAUUUUAGAGCAGCUGUUCUGGUCUUUCUACACCUUUCCCAAUAAAGUAACUCCAGCAUCAGAAUUCUGAUUAAAGGAAAACUUGGUAUCCCUGUUAAGUGACUGCUGUAAACAUAAAAAUUAAU